AAGUUUCACUCUUGUUGCCCAGGCUGGAAUGCAAUGGGGCGAUCUCGGCUCACUGCAACCUCUGCCUCCCAGGUUCAAGUGAUUCUCCUCCCUCAGCUUCCCGAGCAGCCAAUUAUGCUGCCUCAGCCUUCCCAGUAGCUGGGACUACAGGCACCCGCCACCACGCCCAGCUAAUUUUUUGUAUUUUUCGUAGAGAUGGGGUUUCACCAUGUUGGCCAAGCUGGUCUUGAACUCCUGACCUUCAGGUGAUCCACCCACCUCAGCCUCCCAAAGUGAUGGGAUUACAGGUGUGAGUGAUGGCACCUGGCCUCAUUACUCAAACCUUUAGGGAACACCUCCUCACUCAGCCAUGUGUAAGGACGUGAAGACCCAGAGGUGAAACAUUUUAGGGUGCUGCCUCCGAAUCUGAAUUUCAACAAUAGACUAAAAUGAUCCAGUCCUGGGCUUCUCUAAAUUCUUUUGUUGCUGACCAGACCUUAAUUUUAGGCUUUGGAGGGUGUGUCUAUGCGAAUGAACGACUGAAAACUCAGAAAACGAAAACUAGCUUUUAUGGAAUUUCAAUUAAUUACGUUUCUCAAAACUAUGCAUCAUGCCCAUUUGUGGGCAUUGGAUGAAAAGAUAAAUCUUUCCAGAAGGGGCAGGGGAGGGAGAGGCAAUUCUGGGUGGGGAAGUUGGGAGAAAAGAAAAUCAGUAUCUCCUAGUCUUCGCCCAGUUUGGCUCGUUUGGGGUACUUCUCGACCCCGCGUUACCAGGCCCGUGAAUCCCACUCCCACCAGAGAAUCAGCGCGGGCGGACGAGCAAAGUGAAACUUAGUAGCCCGGAACUUUGCUUGCGGGGUUCUGGCAGCAGCACGCACCGGGAAGCGUUUCGGCGCUGCACGGCGCUGCACCGCGCUGCACCGCGCUGCGCCGUGCCCGUGAGUCCGGCGCGCAGAGGAGGAGGAGAAAGCUGACUGCUUAGGCCCGGGUAGUGGUCGUCGUGGUUUUCCUUGUAGUUCGUGGUCUGAGACCAGGCCGCAAGUGGAAACGGCAACACCAUGAUCGCACGGCGGAACCCAGAGCCCUUACGGUUUCUGCCGGAUGAGGCCCGGAGCCUGCCCCCGCCCAAGCUGACCGACCCGCGGCUCCUCUACAUCGGCUUCUUGGGCUACUGCUCCGGCCUGAUUGAUAACCUGAUCCGGCGGAGGCCGGUCGCCACGGCUGGUUUGCAUCGCCAGCUUCUAUAUAUUACGGCCUUUUUUUUUGCUGGAUAUUAUCUUGUAAAACGUGAAGACUACAUGUAUGCUGUGAGGGACCGUGAAAUGUUUGGAUAUAUGAAAUUACAUACAGAGGAUUUUCCUGAAGAAGAGAAGAAAACAUAUGGUGAAAUGUUUGAAAAAUUCUAUCCAGUACGUUGAAGUCUUCAAAAUGCUUGCUCCAAUUUCACUGAUACCUGCUGUUUCUGAAUUUGAUGGAACAUGUUUCUAAUGACAGUUGAAGCUUAUGCCUAUCUGUAUGUUGACACCUUGUAAUUAAAAUAGUUACCAUGA